AUAUCAACCAAGUAAAGGCCAAGCCCCCCUUUCCAGAUUGGAGAUUGAGAGCCUAUUCACAUCCGAGCCUCAUGGGAAAUAUUGUUGAUUCUAAUGAAGCAAGAUGUGUUGAGAGGUGACCAAUUGUAGAGGAGAGGAAGCGCUUCAUGAAUAGUAGUGAAGGGACAUGGAUGAACUUACCAAGCUAAGAGUUUUGGACAGUUGGAAGUUCUUGUGCAAGAUAAUUAGAGACAAUGGAAGGAGCUUCUAACCUGGACAGUGGGAAGCGAGAAUCCAAACCUAGCAAGGGGUUGUUGCAGAGUGAGGAAUUGUAUCAGUAUAUCUUGGAAACUAGCGUGUACCCACGAGAACUGGAACUUCUCAAGGAGCUAAGGGAAGCUACUGCAAAACACCCGAAGGCUGUUAUGGGUACUGCACCCGAUGCCGGUCAAUUGAUGGCCUUGUUCUUGAAGCUAAUCAACCCAAAGAAGACAAUUGAGAUUGGUGUUUACACUGGAUACUCUCUCCUUCUAACAGCUCUUUCCAUACCUGAUGAUGGGAAGAUUGUGGCCAUAGAUUUAGAACGAGAAACAUAUGAGAUUGGGUUACCAAUUAUCCAGAAAGCUGGUGUCGAACACAAAAUCACUUUCAUUCAGUCCCUUGCGCUUCCAGUACUUGACAAAUUGUUAGAAGAUCCUGAGAAUGAAAGCACGUUUGAUUUUGCUUUUGUUGAUGCAGACAAGGUUAACUACUUGAAUUAUCAUAAUAGGAUCUUAAAACUUUUAAGAGUUGGUGGGAUAGUUAUCUAUGAUAACACACUUUGGAGAGGAACAGUUGCUUUACCCAGAACCUUGGUUCCAGAGGACAUGAGAUUGUCCAGCCAUCUUAUAAUUGAGUUUAACAAGUCAGUAGCAGAAGAUCCUCGUGUCCAAAUGUCUCAUGUUCCUGUAGGAGAUGGCUUUACUGUGUGCAGACGCCUGUAUUGAUCUCAAGCUUUUAGCUCUCUUAUUGCUCCCCGCCAUUAUUCUGUUUACGUACUCUGUGUAACUUAAGCUUGGACUGAUUGGAAGUCUUGAAUACCA